AUGUUGAAAGCUCUAUGGAUUCCGCCCUUCUGCAAUUGCGACGUUAAUGUGAAUCAGUUCGCAAGCCUGGCAUGCUACGGUUGCACCUACGACUUUGCGAUCCAAGAGGGUCCAAAGCGGACAAGGAACCUGGAGGAACAGGCCAAGCCUCAGCAGCGAGCAGGUCGCAAUAUUGGCGCAGCACCAAUACGUCCUCCAUCUAACGUUGCCCUCUUAGUCGCUGACCCAAAUCAGGCAGCAGGUGCAGCGCCGCCGCCGCCGCAGCUGCUGCUCACUGUUGAGCAGUGGAAGGCCCUAGCGACCCACGGGUCAUGGCGUCCGUGCUGGUGCCCGUAUUUGACACCGUACUGCACACCAAGCCGUACGACAGCGGAAGCGGCAGGUUUCGCCUCCGCCGCGGCGCCAGCGACGGCGACGGCGGCGGACAUGACGCUACAGGCGGCGACCGCCCUGCAGCCGUUUCAGACGGCGCAUGCGCCUGCGGGCCCGUUGACCGCGACUGGAAGAUCCCCUAGCCCCCUUGCGGGCUCCCCCGCUUCCUCCGCCGCCGCCGCGACGGUGGCGGCGGGCGGCUUGGGGGCGGUGCCGACGUCUGCCACAGCUCUGUUGACUCCGCAGGCCGUGGCGGCGCUUUACGCAGCGGCGCCGCCGCCGGGAGCGACGACGACGGCUGCCGACCACUUGGCGCUUACGUCGCCGGCGGCGCUCACGGCACUGUCGGACUCGGCCGCCGCCGCCGCCGCCGCUGCCGCCGGCAUAGACGCUGGCGCUGGCACUGGCGCCGGCGGGAAUCGUACGGCAGAGGUUGGCGAGAUCAUGCCUGUAGCGGCGCCAGCGGCCACCGGCGGCGGCGGCGGCGGCAACGGCGGCCUGCCAGCACCUCCGACGGUCGAGCUGCGCAGCCUCUCCAUGGCGACGCCGGCGUCGCCGCCGCCGCUUGCCGGCGGCGGCAGCGGAAGUGACGCUAGAGCUCUUGGGGAGGAAGGGCAUGGCGCAGCCGGGAACCCUGCAGCGGCGGCGGCAGCAGCGGCGGCGGCGCUGCUCAACGCAGCGGCAGCGGCGGCGGCGAGUCCCGCGACCGCCGUUGGCGGUGCCUCCUCGGCACCUGCCGGUACGGCAUCACCGCUGACGCUUCAGUCAUUACACGGAACGCUAGCGUCGGCAAACCUGGCGAACAGCCUGCUGCAGGCCGGUAUGCCGCCGCCGUCGUCGUACAACCUGCAGCCCAGCGUCGGUAGCGGGAUGACAUUGAACACUAGUACGGGCAGCAGCGCGGCGUCGGCCUGGAGCGCACCUAGUCUUUCGAUAGGAGGAGUCGGGAUGGGCAGUCUGACCCUGGGCGCCAGCGGCGCCGCCGGCGCCAGCGGCGCCGCCGGCGCCAGCGGCGCGAAUUUGCCUGGCGCCAUGGCGGCGCAGCUGUCGCCAGGUCAAUCAACAUCGCCGGCGCUGGCAGCUGCCGCCGCCGCCGCCGCGACGUCGGCGUCGGCGUCGGCGACGGCUCAGCAGCAACAGGGUGUGGCCAAGGAAACCAAGGUCAAGGUGUUGUUGUACGCCGGCGGCGUAUUCAGCCGCUGCCCGUCGGGAGUUUGGGAGUACAACAGCGGGGAGACGCGGCUGAUUGCCGUACCUCGUACGGAAAGCUUCCGGGGACUGGCGUCGGCGAUUGCCAAGGCCGUAGCCAUAGAUCUCCCCGACGAGACGCUCAUCCUCAAGUACGAGCUGCCGGGGUGCCAGGAUCAGUUGGUUGACCUGGUGUGCGAUGAUGACGUCAUCAACAUGUGGGAAGCCCUGGAGGAAUACUGCCGUACAGAUCAGAAACCGUCGUUCAAGCUGAAAAUCCUGGCACAGCAGGCCACACUGCUCAGCUCGGCCGCGGAAAGUCGUACAUCCUACAGCGGCAGCGGCGCAGCAGCCAAAGCAGCUGUGCCUGCUGUGAUGACUGCUGUGUCGCUGCAAGCAGCUGCCGCAUCUCAACCGCAGGCGGUAAGACACGGGGGUGCCAGCGAGGCCCAUCUGCCGGAUGAGGCACACCUCUGUUGGUGCUGUGCUGGAGCCCCAAUAGCACAUCUGCAGCCCAUCCGGGUCAAACACUGUAAGCGCAAUGUUGUGAGCAUGGGCAAGAACCGCCAGCUCCACAUCGCCUGGCAGCAGCCGGUGCUGCUGUAG